GCGACCGACAUUGCACCACGCAAACAUGCUAUUGCUAGAUUCACGUUAUUUGUAGCUUUUGACAUAUUUUAAGACUGUCAGUUUCACAAGGAGAGAACCACGCUACCCAGUAGUCGUAUCAAGUGUUACCGAGAACACAAUGUAUCAAAUAAAAGCCUCAAUAGGUCUUUUGAUUGUUCCUACCCUCAUUUUUGUGGGUUUUGGAUUUGGAGGUUAUCUACUAUGGACCAAGAGCCACUUGACAUCAGCAGCAAGCAAAGCCAAGAAGAAAGUGAAGAUCCGUAAGAAAGGCGAAGGUGUCACUCAUGUGAUUACAACAGCUGCACAGUGGGAGAAAGUCUUUCCUCAGCUACUUGAAGAUACUAAACAAAUCAGGGUAGUGGGUCUGGAUUGUGAGUGGGUGUUCGAGGAAUUCAUCCGUCACCCUGUGGCCCUUCUACAGAUCUCCACACAACAAGGUCUCUGUCUACUGGUGCGCCUCUGUCAGAUGGAGAACAGAGUCCCUCACUCACUCAGACACUUCCUCACAGACAAACAUGUUUUGAAAGUGGGCGUGGCUGUUAAAGACGAUGGCAAGAAGCUAUAUCGAGAUUACGGCCAUCCAGUAAAUGGUUGUGUGGAUCUGAGGUUCCUCAUGUCUCAAGUGGGCAAUAUAUACAACUGUAAGACCCAGGGCCUACAGAGUCUGGCAGAGUCUGUCCUAGGAGUGAUGCUGGAUAAGGACGAUAACAUCCGAUGUGGAAACUGGGAGGCAGAGACGCUCAAUGAACAACAGAUACAGUAUGCAGCGGCUGAUGCUGCUGUUGCUGUCGACAUCUUCACGAAGCUCGUCCUCACCAAGAUGCUGAAUCGGAACCCUGAUGAGCUUUACCCCCCAGGGAUGGAGAGUGUGGGGGAAGGGGAGUUUUGGCAGGCUGCGUUAGCUAUAUGUCAGUGGUAUAUUGACACACCUUUCUGUAGUCCAAGGUCUCACAACAAGGAAGAUGGCAUCAAACAGCCAGUGAAUAAGACAGUAGACACCGACAGUCGUGGAGCUCGAGCCUACUCCCCAAGACAGCGCCCCAUAGACUUCCGGUGUCAGCUCCAGACAUUGAGUGGCAAGCUGAUACAACGAUGUGACAUAUUAAGGGCAGAGUGGUACCUGAAGAAGAACCUCGGACGGAAGAUCAGUGAUGACCCCUUCAUUGUCCAGUUGAAGUAUGAGAUUGAGAAGACAUAUGAAUAUGAGGACUACAAUAAUCUGUAUGGGAACAGUGAGGAUGAAGUGGCCAUGUGUGCAGUGUGUGGCCGGACAGAUGCCUUCAUCAAGAAAUAUGUCAUUCCCACGGAGUAUAAGAGAUAUUUUCACAGAGAACUGAAAUCAGCACGGUACUCACAGAACAUUCUGAUCUUGUGUCCCGACUGUUACCAAGUGAGCUCUCAACACGAACGCCCUCCUCCGACAGCAACUGGCCCAUCAGUGUAAUGCUCCACUUGACUCAGGAGCAGGCUCCAAAACUGUGACAGAUCAUGAACUACAGAAGGUCAAGGCUGCUGCUAAAGCUCUCAAGUUCAACAGAGAGAAGAUCCCACAAACAAGAGUUCAAGAGUUGGAAAAGGCUGUGAUGGAUUUUUAUGAAGUUACCUCCCUUGACCCUGAAAUCAUUGAACAAGCUUUAGAAAUAGAUGUAAAAGUUGUCAACAGCUCUCAUGUUCCCCAUGGUAAGAAGGUGGUGGUGUACUACAGGUCCCAGGACAAACUGUACGAUUUCGAGAAAAUGUGGAGGAAGCAUUUCCUGGACACUAUGCAGCCCAAAUAUAUGCCGCCAUUGUGGAAGGUGGACUUUAGAGACAAUCAGGUUCAUCCUGAGCAACGUCAGCCUUCAUUGGGAUCUGAAAACAGAAAGCUAACAUAGUGGAUCAAACUGUCAUCAUCAUCACAUCAUCAUCAUCUUCACAUCAUCAUCAUCAUCAUCAUCAUCAUCAUCUUCAUCAUCUUCACAUCAUCAUCAUUCAUCAUCAUCAUCAUCAUCAUCAUCAUCAUCAUCAUCU